AACAAGUGAGUAUCCAGCUACUCACUACUAAUGUGUGGACCUGCCAGGUGCAAAGAAAAAUACCCCUUCAAUUGUCAGAGCAGUACAGGAGCCAUGGUAUCCUACCCCACAAGGCAAAAGACCAGACAAACUUACUCAUGGGUUGGCAGGCCAUUGCUCGACCGAAAACUUCACUAUCAAACCUACAAAGAAAUGUGUGUGAAAGUAAAAAGUUGUUCUACUGAGAUUCACGUCAAGGUUGGACAGUUUGUGUUGAUAGAAGGUGAUAAUGAUGAAAAACCCUAUGUUGCUAAAUUGCUUGAGUUGUUUGAAGACGAUUCUAAACCUCAUUUCAAGAAGCGUGCUCGAGUACAGUGGUUUGUUCGAUUCUGUGAAGUCCCUAUCUCUAAACAGCAUUUGUUGGGCCGAAAGCCUGCUGCACAGGAGAUAUUCUGGUAUGACUACCCUGCCUGCAAUAGCAACAUUAGUGCCGAAACCAUCAUUGGUCCUGUCAGGGUAGUGGCUUUAGCCCCAGAAGAAGUGUUCCCUGUGGAUCUGAAACAUGAGGAGACAUUGUUUGUGAAACUAUCCUGGAAUGAAAAGAAGUUCAAACCACUGUCUCCAGAACUAUUUGCAGAAUUGCAGAAACUACAAAAAGGCAGCCCCAAGUACCAGAAACCCGUGGAAGCCAAGACUAUGAAAGUAGAAAGUCCUUCUUUGACCACAGCAAAACAUGUGGUUAAAAGGAUUGAAUCAAGUCACUCUGCUUCCAAAUCUCACCAAACGCCUGCCCACCCUGUCACCCCCAAUGCCAGGAAAAGGCUGGAGCUUGGUGGUAAGACACCUAACACUAGACUAUCCCAGCAGACUUUGUGUGCCUCCUUAGAUUCUUCAGAAAGGACUAAACGAAAAGCAGUGUUCCCUGAGACUACUUCACCUUCCAAGAGGGCUCAGCUGGAUGGAAUCAAAGCCUCAUCUCCAACAAUGAAAGCCUCAGAGAAAACUGGAGAAGUUCGACUCUUUUGUGCCAAGGAUGACAAAAAGUCUUCAUCUGAACGUCACAUGACCCUGAGAACCCGAGUCUCAGUUGUGAAAACCAUGGAGAUUAUUGAAGGCAAUUCAUUUAUCCCUACCAGGGGAGACCAGAAGCCCUCAGGGAUGCCUGCUGUGAUUCUGAAACCAGAGUGUAUCAGAAAGAGGGAGGCAAAAGAACCAGAAGUUCACACUGAAGCCAUCUCUACUAUCCAGCGUGUCUGCAGAAAGAGUUCUCUCUUGACUUUGAAUCGGAUUAGGCAGCAGCUUCGGUUUCUGGAAAAAAAUAAAAGUGACCAAGAAGAGGAAGACUUUGUGCCAGCAGCAGAGGCUUCAGAUUCUAGCAGCGAGGAAGAAGAGGCUUCUGCUCCAGCCCUUCCAAGGAGAAAUCUUGGAUGCGAGUCCAGGAACCGGCUGCCUUCCUCUAAGUCAUCUGUACAGACCCCCUCUAAGACACCAAAGAAAAUUCCCAAGCCUAGAACACCACGUCAAGCCACUCCCCAAAUCCGCAGUCGAAACCUGGCUGCCCGGGAGCCAGCCAGCGUGCUGGAGGAGGCCCGGCUGAGGCUGCAUGUUUCUGCUGUGCCUGAGUCACUUCCCUGCAGGGAGCAGGAAUUCCAAGAUAUCUACAACUUUGUGGAGAGCAAACUCCUUGACUGUACUGGAGGGUGCAUGUAUAUCUCCGGUGUCCCCGGUACAGGGAAGACUGCUACUGUACACGAGGUGAUUCGCUGUCUGCAGCAGGCAGCUCUAACAAAUGAUGUUCCUCCCUUUCAAUACAUUGAAGUGAAUGGCAUGAAGCUGACAGAGCCCCACCAAGUCUAUGUGCAGAUCUUGCAGAAGCUGACAGGCCAGAAGGCAACAGCUAACCAUGCAGCGGAACUGCUGGCAAAGCGAUUCUGCACUCAAGGGUCCCCUCACGAAACCACUGUCCUGCUUGUAGAUGAGCUUGACCUUCUGUGGACUCACAAACAGGACAUAAUGUACAAUCUCUUUGACUGGCCCACUCACAAGGAGUCCCGGCUGGUGGUCCUGACCAUUGCUAACACCAUGGACCUGCCAGAGAGGAUUAUGAUGAACCGGGUGUCAAGCAGACUGGGUCUUACCAGGAUGUCCUUCCAACCAUAUACUCACAGCCAACUGAAGCAGAUCCUGGUGUCCCGACUCAAGUAUUUAAAUGCUUUUGAGGAUGACGCUAUCCAGUUAGUAGCCAGAAAGGUAGCAGCCCUCUCUGGAGAUGCCCGGCGCUGCCUGGACAUUUGCAGGCGUGCCACAGAGAUCUGCGAGCUCUCCCACCAGAAGGGUGAUUCCUCAGGCCUGGUCACUGUGACCCACUUAAUGGAAUCUGUGGAUGAGAUGUUCUCCUCAUCGUACAUCACUGCCAUCAAAAAUUCCUCCGUCCUGGAACAGGGCUUCCUGAGAGCCAUCCUUGCAGAGUUCCGGCAAUCAGGACUCGAGGAAGCAACAUUUCAACAGGUAUACAGCCAACAUGUGGCCCUGUGUAGAAUGGAGGGACUGCCAUACCCCACCAUGUCAGAGACCAUGGCUGUGUGUUCACGCCUAGGCUCCUGCCGCCUCCUCCUGUUGGAGCCCAGCAGGAAUGAUCUGCUUCUUCGUGUGCGGCUCAACAUCAGCCAGGACGAUGUGCUUUACGCGCUGAAAGAAGAAUGGAGAACUUCACACCAGUCUGCUGUUUUUUAAAGAACCUGAUUUUCUCUCUUGUUUUUAUGAUUUUUUUUGACACAUGGCCUCACUGUGUAACUCAGGCUGACCUGGAACUCGCUAAGUA